AUGGUCCUUAUUGCUAAGCUUCUCUUUUUGGCAUUAACUGCUGCCGCCACACCUAUUUUUCGCCGCGAUGUCGUUACUGUUGAGAACGAUAUUACCCAAAAAAUCGGCCCUCAACUUACAACCCUUAACAACGACGUGAGAGGUUACCCCGCUAGUGGUUCAUCUGGUGCACAUGCUAUUCACGGCGAUUUUGAGACUCUUGUUACUAUCGUGGAUAGUACGAUCCGCGAUAUCAAGAGCACCGGCUCUUUCGGCACUGUAUCUGGAACUACUAUUCUUGCCAACAUCCAAGAAUUACUCCCUACGUUUCUGGAUAUAUUGGUUGAAAUUGGACUUCAAGAACCUUCUUGGGCACUUGUUCAAGGGGGCAGAGAACUGGUUCUUAGCGAUCUCCACUCUCUGAACACGGCCAUGGACAAUUUUAUGAACGCUAUAACAGCGGCUGAACCCUUUCUACUAAAAGCCGGGAGCCUCGCAGUCAAAGUUCAACUCGAUGGUGGCUUCAUUACUGCUAUAGCCGCCUACUCUACCUAG